UCAAAAUCAAGAGAUAUGGCCACAAGAGCUUCUACUUCAAGCAGAGUCUCAGCCAUGGACAUGACUCUCUACUUCGCCUUCUUCUUCCUUUUAACUCUCACUGCUUCAGUGGAAGCUGCUGGUCGUGGAGUUAACAAUACUAACAAAGGCGGCGGAUUAGGAGCUUCUUUCAUAUUCGGAGAUUCUCUAGUCGAUGCCGGAAAUAAUAAUUAUCUAUCGACGUUGUCUAGAGCCAAUAUGAAGCCUAAUGGUAUUGAUUUCAAAGCCUCCGGAGGAAAUCCUACUGGUCGGUUCACUAAUGGCCGGACCAUCGGUGACAUCGUUGGGGAAGAACUCGGAUCAGCGAACUAUGCGGUCCCAUUCUUGGCACCAAACGCGAAGGGAAAAGCUUUAUUAGCCGGUGUGAAUUAUGCAUCUGGAGGAGGAGGAAUCAUGAAUGCCACCGGGAGAAUCUUUGUGAAUAGGUUAGGUAUGGAUGUACAAGUUGAUUUCUUCAACACUACACGGAAACAGUUUGAUGACCUACUUGGAAAAGAGAAAGCAAAAGAGUACAUAGGAAAGAAAUCGAUAUUCUCAAUCACUAUAGGAGCAAAUGAUUUCCUCAACAAUUAUCUAUUCCCACUUCUCUCCGUCGGAACACGGUUUAGUCAAACUCCCGAUGAUUUCAUCGGCGACAUGCUCGAACAUCUACGCGAUCAACUAACCAUGCUGUAUCAAUUGGAUGCGAGGAAGUUUGUGAUUGGGAACGUUGGACCGAUUGGAUGCAUACCGUACCAGAAAACGAUCAAUCAAUUAGACGAAAACGAGUGUGUGGAUUUGGCUAAUAAGCUAGCAAAUCAAUACAAUGUUCGGUUAAAGAGUUUAUUAGAGGAACUAAACAAGAAACUUCCCGGAGCAAUGUUUGUCCACGCCAAUGUGUACGAUCUCGUCAUGGAGCUCAUUACUAACUACGACAAAUACGGGUUCAAAUCUGCGACAAAGGCUUGUUGCGGUAAUGGAGGACAAUACGCGGGUAUAAUUCCGUGUGGACCGACUUCGAGUUUGUGUGAAGAGAGGGAUAAAUAUGUGUUUUGGGAUCCUUAUCAUCCGAGUGAAGCAGCAAAUGUUAUCAUCGCAAAGCAAUUGUUAUAUGGUGAUACAAAAGUUAUAUCUCCUGUUAAUCUCAGCAAACUUAGAGAUAUGUGAUUUGAUUGUUUGUUGAACUAAAUGUCCCUUUGGAGAUUUAUAUACAUAAUUUCUUGCAUUUACGUUUGGGAUACGCCAAGUUAAGAUUGCUCUUUGUAUGUAUGUGUUGUUGUGUUUGAUUUAGUGAGAAUGCUUUUGUUUUGUCAAGAUGUGAUAAAAUUUGAGUUACACA